AUGGUAAUGAUUGACGAGUUCAGUAAACUUGUGAGAGAAGCCAAGGCCGGUGAGAAGACAUCGGUGGAGAGUGCUCCAUUCUACACAGAGAAGUAUGGAUAUAAGCUGAAUGUGAGAAUACUUCCUAAUGGCUCUCAAGCAGCAAAGGGGAAGUACCUAUCCGUGUACAUUUGUGUAAUGGGAGGCCAAUAUGACGCCAUAUUACCCUGGCCUUUCAAGAGGAAAGUGAAGUUUACUCUCAUUGAUCAACAGGAAGAUACGGAUAAAAGGGAAAAUGUUUUCGAAGAGAUCAUACCAGACAAUGAUCCAAACAGCUAUGCAAGGCCUAAAACCCAAUAUAACUCCAGUGCACAUGGGGUACCUUCAUUUAUAUCUCAAACAAAACUCGAAUCUAGGCGCUACGUUGUGAAUGACACUCUUCAUUCAAGUUGA